AUGGAUGGGGCAAACCAGACAGCUGUCAGGGAGUAUACCUUGGUGGGGUUAUCUGGGCACCAUGACCUAGAGAGGGUCCUGUUUGUGCUUUGCCUGGCUCUCUACUCUCUGACCGUGCUGGGGAACUCCCUCCUCAUCGGGCUGAACAUGCUGGACCCCCACCUGCACAACCCCAUGUACUUCCUGCUCAGCAACCUCUCCCUCAUGGACAUCCUUGGCACAUCCUCCUUCGUGCCGCUCAUGCUGGUCAAUUUCCUGGAAGCCCAAAGGACCAUCUCCUUCCCGGGCUGUGCCCUACAGAUGUACCUGACUCUGGCACUGGGAGCCUCGGAGUGCUUGCUGCUGGCUGUGAUGGCAUCCGACCGUUGUGUGGCUACCUGCCAGCCACUGAGGUAUCCAGAGCUCACGAGUGGGAAGACGUGCUUGUGCGUGGCAGUGCUGGCCUGGGGGACGGGCUUCACCAACUCACUGCUGCCGUCCCUCCUGGCCUGGCGCCUCCCCUUGUGCGGCCACGAUGUCAUUAACCACUUCUUCUGUGAGAUCCUGGCAGUGCUGAAACUGGCCUGUGGGGACAUCACCCUCAACGCACGGGUGCUAAUGGUGGCCACAACAUUCCUGACACUGGCCCCACUCCUGCUCAUCUUUCUGUCCUACAUGUUCAUUCUUGCUGCCGUCCUUAGGGUACCUUCUGCUGCAGGCCAGCGCAAAGCGUUCUCCACCUGCUCUGCCCACCUCACGGUGGUGGUGAUUUUCUACGGGACCAUCUCUUUCAUGUACUUCAAGCCCAAGGCGAAGGACGCCAACGUGGAUAAGAUCAUUGCGUUAUUCUAUGGGGUCGUGGCACCCUCCCUGAACCCCAUCAUCUACAGCCUGAGGAACGCAGAGGUGAAAGCCACUGCGGUGGCUCUGCUGCGGGGAGGUCUGCUCUCCAGGAAGGCGUCCCGCCCGUCCUGCUGGGCCCCUUCUCCACCAGGACACGCCAGGCUGUGCUGUGGCCGUGACCUCCACACGGCAGCGGCUCAACUCGGCUCGUGCUCCAGGCCCAUCAGAGGACGGAGGGGGUCUCUGCGUCGGCACCACUAG